GCGCAUGCUCUGCUGAUGUGAUCGCCGGCGCUGCACAUGGAUAUAACCUACGUAUCGCCAAGUGGCAGCAAUCUGGCUGGUGAUUCCUCCUCCAUGCCGGCAUCGGCUUCGGCGUCGCCCACUCGUCCUGUACGGGUCAUCCCUUUGAAGCACCCUACCAUUCCGGCGUCGUCGUCGUUGUCGUCUAGUUCUCAUGUCAAUCUGGUGCUCUCCAGAUGGGCCACGAAGCUCCGGCUAAUGACUUGUGUUGAAUGGAUCGAGCUCUUCCUUCCUUGCUGUCGUUGGAUUCGGACUUACAGAUGGCGCGAGUAUUUUCAGGUUGAUCUCAUGGCUGGAAUCACAGUCGGUGUCAUGCUUGUUCCCCAGGGAAUGUCCUAUGCAAAAUUAGCUGGGCUUCAACCUAUAUAUGGACUUUGAAGACUCUGGCUUUGUGCCCAUUUUUGUAUAUGCUGUAUUUGGAUCAUCUCGUCAGCUUGCAGUUGGUCCAGUGGCACUCGUUUCUCUUUUGGUUUCUAAUGUGCUAAGUAGCAUCACUGAUUCAUCCAGUGAAUUAUAUACAGAGCUGGCGAUUUUAUUGGCUUUUAUGGUGGGGAUACUGGAGUGCAUAAUGGGGCUCCUGAGGCUGGGAUGGCUGAUUCGUUUCAUAAGCCAUUCAGUGAUUUCUGGCUUCACAACAGCUUCAGCUAUUGUUAUUGGUUUAUCUCAGGCAAAAUACUUCUUGGGUUAUAGUAUAGCACGAAGCAGCAAGAUCAUCCCAUUGAUUGAGAGUGUAAUAGCUGGAAUCGAUAAGUUUUCUUGGCCUCCUUUUGUGAUGGGAUCAGUGAUGCUAACAAUACUACUUGUCAUGAAGCACUUGGGGAAAUCACGGAAGUACUUACGGUUCCUAAGAGCUGCAGGCCCUCUCACAGCAGUAGUUCUGGGAACAGUUUUUGUAAAAAUAUUCCAUCCGUCAUCCAUUUCUUUGGUAGGAGAUAUACCUGAGGGCCUGCCAAAAUUUUCUCUUCCCAAAGCCUUCAGCUAUGCACUGUCCUUAAUUCCAACUGCAUUUCUCAUUACUGGUGUGGCUAUAUUGGAAUCUGUGGGGAUUGCCAAAGCAUUAGCAGCAAAAAAUGGGUAUGAACUGGAUUCAAAUCAAGAGUUAUUUGGUUUAGGUGUUGCCAAUGUUCUUGGUUCAUUUUUCUCAGCAUAUCCAACAACAGGAUCCUUUUCAAGGUCAGCUGUCAAUCAUGAAAGCGGUGCAAAAUCUGGAAUAUCUGGUAUAGUGACAGGAAUCAUAAUAACCUGUACACUUCUCUUCCUGACUCCAUUAUUUAAAGACAUACCUCAGUGUGUUCUUGCUGCCAUAGUGAUCUCUGCUGUGAUUGGUCUGGUGGAUUAUGAUGAGGCCAUUUUCUUAUGGCGUGUAGACAAACGGGAUUUUCUUCUUUGGACCAUUACUUUCACUACAACAUUGUUCCUUGGAAUUGAGAUUGGUGUACUUGUUGGGGUGGGCGCUUCACUUGCUUUUGUCAUUCAUGAGUCUGCAAAUCCACAUAUUGCUGUUUUGGGUCGUUUGCCUGGGACAACUGUUUAUAGAAAUGUUAAACAAUAUCCUGAAGCAUAUACGUACAAUGGAAUUGUGAUUGUUCGUAUUGAUGCUCCCAUUUACUUUGCAAACAUAAGUUACAUAAAGGACAGGUUGCGGGAAUAUGAAGCGGAUGUUGAUAGAUCUACAAAACGUGGACCCGAGGUUGAAAGAAUCUAUUUUGUGAUUCUAGAAAUGGCUCCUGUGACCUGCAUAGACUCUAGUGCUAUUCAGGCUUUAAAAGACUUGCAUCAUGAGUACAAACUACGGGGCAUCCGGAUAGCAAUCUCCAAUCCAAACCCAGAAGUUUUGCUUACGUUGUCCAAAUCUGAUGUUGUGGAGCUGAUAGGCAAAGAGUGGUACUUUGUGAGAGUACAUGAUGCUGUUCAAGUUUGCUUGCAGCAUGUUCAGCAGUUAAAAGAGGGGUCCAGGACUCCUCCACAGAGAGGAGAGAACCUUUCGAAUACCGAUUUGGAGGCUGGUAAUGGCAAUCCUCUGCUUCCCGAGGACACCGAUUCCCAGUUGGAGCCAUUGUUGUCAAGAAAAUCUUGACUUGAAUUCUGUCUUUUCAAAGAGUGGUAAAUGAUUCUAUUUUUUGUUUAGCCCAUUCUUUCGGAUAGCUAUCUUAGAGAUUAGGCUUCAUUGUAACUUACGAGCUUGUGCAAUCUUGCUAGUUGUGAAAAUAAUUCGCGUUUGUAAUCUUAACUAAUAUUUGUAAAAUAUAAGGAAUAAGAUAUAUAUAUAAAAAAAAAAAUCAUUUCUUGUCGGAUUACUCAUUCUAA